CGUCGGCCAAUCAGAACAGGCGGGGAGGAUCACGUGCCGACACCGUGGUCGAAAUGCAGGCAGGCAGGCAGCUCUCGGGACUCGGGCGAGCGGCAGUGAGGCAGAGACGGAGAGAGAGACGGAGCUGAGGAGAAGGGAGAGAGAGCGAGAGAGAGAGAGAGAGUACUUGGAUGGUUUAUCUGCGCUCAGGGACGGAAAGCAACUCCUCGGGGUCGUGUCCCUCUGUAAGGAAGCGGAACAAAGAGGACGACACGGUCAAAAGUGUCUCGGUGGUGUAGGGUGCAGCGGGGGGACAGAGAGCCAAGCGCAUGAGGAAGGGGCGUCUGGAGACCCCUGUCCCCACACACAGCGCUUGCACACACGCGCACCACGUAGUUAAAGGGAGACACGCCCACCAGCAGCCAUGAGGUCCAUCCGCUCCUUCGGAAACGACGACCGUCACGUCAUGGCGAAACACUCCACCAUCUACCCGUCCUCCGAGGCACUGGAAGCCAUACAGAGUCUCGUCUCCACUGUCGAGUGCGCUCUCAAACACGUCUCCGAUUGGAUGGACCGGCCGCAGGCCGAGCAGCCGAACCAAUCCAGCGGGCAGGAGGAGGAGACGGAGGCCAGCGCCGACGAAUCAGCAGAGGAAAGCACCAAUGAGGGCAGUAGCAGCAGCAGUAGUGGGGGUGAUGGCAGGGUGCUGUGUGGGGUGAUGCGGAUCGGCCUGGUGGCUAAAGGGCUGCUCAUUAAAGACGACAUGGACCUGGAGCUGGUGCUCAUGUGUCGAGAGAAACCCACACACACACUGCUGCGCACCGUCUGUGAUAACCUCCCACUGCAGAUAGAGAAGCUAACAGAAGAGAAGUACGAGGUCGAGAGCAGUAUCCCCAAGGCGGCCAUUUUGAUUCGCAAUACAGCGGAGCCCAAACUCACACUGAAGGUCACACUCACUUCACCACAGAUCCGAGAGGACGGCGAGACAGGAGAGCAAGAGAGCGUUGUUGAGGCGAGCGAGCCGUCGGACCUGCUGGAUAGACAGAGGUGCCUGGUGGCGCUGGCCUCUCUGCGACAUGCUAAAUGGUUCCAGGCGAGAGUAAACGGCUUAAAAUCAGGAGUGAUCGUUUUACGGAUUCUGAGGGACAUGUGCAAUCGAGUGCCGGCCUGGGAACCUCUCAAAGGAUGGCCGCUGGAGCUGCUGUGUGAGAAGGCCAUCGCGACGUGUAACCGGCCGCUGGGAGCCGGAGAGGCUCUGCGCAGGGUCAUGGAGUGUCUCGCCUCCGGGAUCCUGCUCCCAGGUGGACCGGGGCUGCACGACCCGUGCGAAAAGGAGCCGACGGAUACGCUGGCGGCCAUGACGGACGAGCAGGCGGAGGCCAUCACGUACAGCGCACAGCACGCUCUCCGGCUGAUGGCUUUCGGUCAGAUCUACAAGGUCUUGGAGAUGGAUCCACUUCCCUCCAACAAACCUUCAUCAAAAUACCCCUGGUCAGAUAAAGAAGGUUCGGGGCUAAAGAGGCCCUACGAGGACGGCCUGAUGGACGACAAAGACCUCAUCAAGAAAAUGAAACGCAAUCUGAGAAAAGUUUUAGACAGUAAAGCAAUAGACUCCAACCAGCCCAUGAAUGCCCUGAUGCGGCUGAAUCAGAUCCGUCCCGGUCUGCAGUACAAGCUCCUGUCUCAGUCCGGUCCGGUUCACGCUCCCGUCUUCACCAUGUCCGUGGACGUGGACGGAACCGUCUACGAAGCCUCGGGUUCUUCCAAGAAAACGGCCAAGCUGCACGUAGCUGUUAAGGUGCUGCAGGCGAUGGGAUACCCAACAGGCUUCGACACAGACCUGGACUCCAUGAGUGCAGAUGAGAAGUCAGACAGCGAGGGCAAGAGCGAGACCUCGACACACUCGUGCAAUAACACAUCACACACCACAGACAGCUCCAGCACACUGGAGGUACGAACUCAGGGUCCUAUUCUGACGGCGAGCGGUAAGAACCCAGUGAUGGAGCUGAACGAGAAACGGCGAGGCCUCAAAUACGAGCUGAUCUCCGAGAGCGGCGGCAGCCACGACAAACGCUUCGUCAUGGAGGUGGAGGUCGACGGACAGAAGUUCCGAGGCGCAGGACCUAAUAAGAAGGUAGCCAAAGCGAGCGCCGCCCUCGCCGCUCUGGAGAAACUGUUCUCGGGACCCAACGCUGCCGGAAACAAGAAGAAAAAAAUCCUCCCUCAGAAUAAAGGAGCGAUCGCUGCCGCUGCUGCCGCCGCAGCCGCCUCCGCCGUCGCAGCUCAGGCCGCUCGAGGAAGAGGAAGAGCUGCACUCGCACGCGGAGCCUUCGUCAGCGCCGCCGCCCCAGGCUACGUCACACCAGGUUUCGGAAGCCCGUACGGUUACGGCGCAGCGGCCGCCGCUCCAGCUUACGGUUUGCCCAAGAGAAUGCUUCUGUUGCCCAUCAUGAAAGUGCCCACCUACCCCAUCCCUCACUACUCCUUCUUUUAGCUCAGGAGAUCCACACACACACACACACACACACACACACACACACAGCUUUUAAAUCAGAAGGGAAUGUCAGAACGCAUGUCCGAGUGAAACCAUGUUCAGAACUUUAAGUAGAAUCGUUUGUAAGGAUUUUAUUUGACUUUAUUCGAUUUCCGACUUCACGCAGGUUUUUAAGUUCUUAAAGAAGAAGAAGAAGAAAAAAAACCAAACUUGAAGGAUUUGUACUGUGAAUUGUUACCUCAUUCAUGGAGUUUUAAAUUAUAUAGCCUUUUUCUUUUCUUUUUUUCUUUCUGCCAUUAAGUUUGUUUUUUAUUUGAUUUCUUUGUUGUUUUCAUUUUCUAUAGUAUGGCUUGAUGGAUUACGGAUAUCCGAUCCGGCAACAGGCACUAUCUCUGUAAAGACGGCAGAAAUUAUGGGAUGUAUAGGUCUAAUUUAAAGCUACUGUUGAUAAAUAAACCUUUAUCUUAUUCAACCGCCAUAAGCAUCCAGUUUUGUGUACACGAGAAGCCGCGAGGAAGAACUCGCACGUCAUCGCUGUAGCUUUUUAACGCGUAGCUGUGAAACAUGAGGAGCACGCGCGCGCGCACACACACACACACACACACACACACACACACGCAGAGCAGAAUCUCUCAAACACCUGUCCGUACAUGAGCCGACACACGGCAACACACCGGAGCGUCCAGUCACCGGCACACGUCGGAGAAUCGAAAGCAGCAACACGGGAUCCAUGGAGAUAUGCUACCUAAUCGUCUUUUAUGUCCCGUUUUCUUUUCUCUUAUUUUUGGGUGUUUUAUUUUCCCUCCUUCUUGUUGAGCGUCUUGUUGAGAUUUGUGAGCUGUUGAGCUGUAAAAGUUCUUCCUCGUCCACAGGCCAGCGUGAACCACCUCAACAUUCACCGUCCCUCAGAAAGU